AUUCAGACGGUCUUCGCUCUGAAAAUUGUUCUCCAUUUCUUCAUCGACGAAGAACAAGACGCAUGAACUCAUGAACUUAUACAAUGUUCUUCAGUCUGCUGCUUCUGUUUGGUCUCAUCUAUCACAGUCACAGCGGUCAGUAUCUUUCUGGAAACAAAAUUAAACCAGUGACAGGAAAAAGAGAAGGCAAUCUCACUCUACUGUGUGAAUUUGAGGACAAACAGAUUUUACAUGUUGAGUUAUUUAGUGAGUCAGGAACCAUCGAUGUCUGUCAGACUGAAGGAUGUAGUGAACGAGUAUCUAAAACAGCAGCAUGUGACGUCCUCAUCAAGAAUCUGAGCUUCAGUGACGCUGGGAAACACACUUUAAGAGUCUAUUACAGUAAUGAUCAGACACACCUGGCAGAUCAGAAAAUGGAGAGGAUAUACCAAAUCCAUAUUCAUGAUGAGAUUACUGUGAAAACAGGCAAACCAAUAAAACUGCAUGUUCUGAUGUCCAACGCUCAUAAAGUGGAGAAGAACUCCAGUGAAGGCUGGAAGAAGGUCUGGGAGAGAGGUCACGGGGUCUGGAGCGAUAGAAUGAACGUCAGCGAUGGAGACCUGAUCAUUAAAGCAUUUACAGAUAAUGAUGCUGGAACAUACAGAGUUCUGGACGCUGAAGAUGAAACCUUGAUCACAGUGAACAUCACAGAAUCAGAUACAAAAUUAAAAGAGAAACUGGACAAAGAUGAAGACAAAACUAAUCACACUGAAGAACAUGCUAUAGGGAUAUGGAUAUGGCCAGUAGUGUGUGUGAUUCUGGUUCUGAUUGGGAUUGGUUUCUUAAUAUGGCGACGUUGGCACAGAAAUAGAAAUGUCUCGCAGGAUUCAGUACAGGAGCCCUCAGCGGUACUGGAGAGACUCAAUCCUAACUGAAUGUGAUUAAACUCAGGGCUCCACAUUAAACUUUAAGCCUUAAACUACUAAGAAAAUCCCUCCGGACCCCUCACAUCCAGCUCACUCCGUCUUUGAACUGUCUUUGAACUGAGCACCAGGACAGUCUUCCUCCAGGCAGUCCAUGUCAUGAACACUUGAACACCACAUUUCAUAUUUGCACAUAUAACCGUACAAACACAUCAUUCCUGCUUAUAUUUCUAUGUUUAGCAUAUUUGUAUAUUAUUCUUUUUAUUAUCUGUGUCUUGUGAUCCUGUUGCACUGUAGAGCUCCUGUCACUAAAACUUGUAUCUGUAAACAUACCUGGCAAUGAAGUUGAUUCUGAUUCCGAUUGAACACAGAGCUUAACUAAAAUCUAAUCUUGAUAAAUCCUGAAGUGUUAAACCUUUGUCCAGGACACUGGAGUCCGCCUUUGGCCCAGUGACAGGGAACCUUACAUUACAGUCUGACUUUAUUCUUGUUGUAUAUCUACAAUUAAUUAAUAUUCAUUUAUAUUAAUAUACAUCUAGAUGUUUUAUUGAACUUUUUAGUUUGACUUCACCAUUGUGGUAAUCAGUGUUUGCUCCUGACCCUUGACUUUUUAAAGUUAGGUUUUUUAUGGCUGCUGUAACUGUGUUGUGAACAUUUGUAAGUAAAUAUUUAUGGCUAAUAGUCAUCAUGAAA